AGCUCCAACAGUCCAACCCAUUGAAUUGCUCUAUCAAUAAGACAAUAAGAAAAAUAAAUCGGAUGAACAUAGCCUGAUAGCCCUGCGUACUUGCCAAUUGCCUCCUCCUCUUGCUCCCUUCUCUCUCUCAGUUCUCCAUUGAAGCGCUCCAAAACAUCACACUUCACGCUCUCGCCAUUUUUUUUUUUUGAGCGCUCCCCUAAAUCUCAUAAUUUGCAGCGCUCCUCUAAACUCCUACUCCCCUAAAUCUCGCCAAUCGCCGCCCUCCGCCCGCCGCCUGCCGCCCGCCGGCCACCUUUUAGUCCGUGACGCAUUCCGCCUUUAGUCGUCCUUCACCGGCCACCUUCGUUCAAUCAAUCAGUUCGUGACGCUUCAGUCCUUCAACAUACCGCAAUCGCAGACGGCACUUCGAUCAAUCGGCUCACGGCGGCACGGCCUCUACCAGUCGACCUGGUGCCUGAAUGGAAGAAGGAAAAUCCAAUCUUGAUGAUGAAAUGAGGGGGAUCCUGGCAGAAUUUAUGGUGGGAGUUAUCAAGUUUGAAGAGUUAGUGGAAGUUGGCCAGACGUUUCUUGUUAGAUUUCAGCAGGCACUUGAGUUUCUUCGACGCCCUUCAAUAUUUGAAUCAUCAGAGCUGGUCAAGAGCAUUGUUAAAGCAAAUGAAACUAAGAGGGUUGGUGCAUAUGUAGAAGCUGGUUGCAUUAAUGCUUAUGAUAGCACAGUGAGUGUUAGUCAGCUGAACAGAAGUUUGGGUAACCUUCGGGAUUAUUCACUUAAAGCCAAAGGCAUAGUUGAUGAACUUCAAAGUCUUAUGGAUAAGGCAGGCAAUGCUUUGAUCAUGAACCCAGAUGACCAAUUAGAUAUGGAUUCCCUGGGUUCAGAACAAGAAGUAAUUGCUUCUCGAAUGCUUGAUGCUGCUGGUUGUGCCUCCUCUAUGGCAGUAAUAUACAGCAUGGUGAAACAAGAUUAUACAAUGCAGGAAAAGAUUGUUUCUUCAUUGAAUCUAAAAUCAUCCACCAGUGAAUUGGAUAGCUACUGCAAAAUGUGGAUGCUAAGGCCGUUUAUAAUUGAUGAUAUUAUACAUCAAGCUUUAAGACAGGUUAAGGCGAUCCAUCAUGGUCAAAGGGACUAGGAGCUGGAGGCGGAGGCUUUGGUUUUGGAAUGUAAGGAUGUGAAGGAGCACCAUGCUGAAUAGGUCCAUGUUUUACAGAAGCCUUGGAAUGACUUGGGCUUGGAUCAAC